AUGGUGGGAUGCUGCUACGACUCCAAUCCAAACAACUGCCGAUUCGAAACCACCUGUUAUGACGGUAGCAAGGUCAAGGCUACCCCCUCUCUGGCCCUCUUGGACAACAAUUUUGACGUUCUUUGCACUCGCGGAUCCAACUCAGCCUGUGUUACCUGGACAUACCCAGAACUCGAGAUCACUGAUUACGGAUGUGGGCCAACUGCUACUCUCCAGGAAAUCUAUUUGACGGCUUCCACAUCGCAAUUGGAAUAUAGAAGUGUGACGGGCUACUUUUAUUACACCACUAUUGCAACCGUGGAUCCUAUAACCGUAAAUGGUGCGUUCAUUAGCAGUUACGGAAGUGGCGUCAGGUCUGCAAGUUCGAUCACUGAGACAGGGGCCCCGAGAUCUUCAACUUCGGGACUCUCAGGCACAAGCCGAGCGACAACUACUGUGAAUCAUCCAAGCGAGAACGGGAGCCGAGAGAGUUCCAACACCUCUAAUACAGGUGCCAUAAUUGGUGGUGUGGUGGGUGGCGUGGUGGGCCUAGGUUUCAUUAUUGGCGCAUUUUGGGCAUGCCUGUGGUAUUCUAGAAAGAAGAAGCACAAUCUUCAAGGCACAUCCCCGUCAUUUCCAGUCCAGCCAUCAAUGCAACCUAUACCACCUGUCCUGGCUGAAGCUGAGGGAACUCUGGGGAGGCCCGUACAAAGAUAUUCUGCGGUUGGUGGGCCACACGACCCCCCACCAUAUAUUCCUGAACUUCCAGUGAACGACAUAUACAUGAAGUCGCAUGAGAUGGAUUCGCAUAAGUCUGUUGCCGAGCUACCUACAGGGCGUCGAUAUCAAUGA